AUGUCUACCACAGGCGUUGUUGGCUUGGAAACCGACUAUGGUAUUCUUCGCAUAAAGCUUUUGCCCGAGUGUGCUCCACAAUCUGUUUCCUACAUUCUUGAACUGUUGGCAUUGUCACAUUGUGUUGGUUGCCAGUUUUGUCGAGCAGAAAGUCGGGGACGAUUUUGGGAUGCAAAAGGAAACCACAUUAAAAAGGCUACAUUUGGACCUCCUUUUGCACUAGUUCAAGGAACAUUGGAAUCCCAGGAGUUUAUGUUUAAUGAUAUUCCAAAAGAACACUUUGCGAACCAAAGCACUACUACAUCCAAAGAUACAACCACUUUGCUAGCUAGUUAG